GUAUCGUGAUUGCUCAUUCGCUCUUCGAGACUACAGCACAUCGCAGCACACAGCGUCAACUUCAAAACAUAUCGGAAAUACGGAGGAGGGUGGGUACUGUUGGGGACAUCGACGGCUAACAGCUAUUUAACCAGCCAAGUGAUACAAGCAACCCUGUAUCCCAGUCUGAGCUGUUCUAGAGUGAUUGGUCCAGUUCCUGUCCAUCCAGUGAGUCUAGUGGCUGUCAGCCCAGUGAUCUGCUUGAGGAGUCUCAUAGCUGUGGAUUGCAUCAUUAUGGGACAAUAGGAGUGGAAAUCAAAACUCUCCCUCCUCCUCCUCUUCCUCCAUCUCCUCCCCCAUUUCUUUUUCUCUCAGACUGACUCUCCACUGAAACCCUCCCCCUAACAAAUACACAGUUACCCACAUGCAAACCUCUGACCACUCCUCCCACACUGGUCAUGGUCCACUCCCCCUGUCUCUCCAGCCAGUCAGGCAGUGAGUUGAUGGAAGCUGUGUAAUCCUCUGUAAAGUAUAGGGCCUAUACGGCUGCAUAUGGUCCCUUUUUGUCAUGGCGGCUGUUGUUGUUGCGCAGGCCUCCCUCAGGAGAGAACAUGAGGGAGAACAGAAGGCAGCAUAAAGCUCACAAAGGGAGGAAGAGAGAGCGAGAGAGUGAGUGAGAGACACUGACGCUGCUAUUUAAUUGACCGGAGGAGAAUGAGCUUCACAGGGCAAUGGAUGGAAUUCAACGGGGGUGAAACCACAUGAUGUGGGACUGGCAUUACCACCUCACGCCAAUCACAAAUUGGACCAACAGUCAACUUUGGAUAUAUUUGCCACAUAGUGACCUGCAGCAAGGAAUGCAGUGAAAUAGAGAAAAGUAGACGAGACUUUUUUCUUGGUUUAGAAUAUUUUUCUAUUUCCUCUUUGGUUUUUUUUUUUUUUUUUUUUUUUUGGUUUUGUUUUUUCAAUUACAGCCUACCAAAAGUGCCUUUUUUGUUACUUUUUUCCGCUCAUCUUGCUCUAUAUUCACACUCCAUAUUGCCACCAAUUAUUGCAUGUUUACAUACAGUAACUGUCAAAGUCAAUGCUUGUUGCCAUAUUUUAGAGAAGGUACAUAGUAUAUUUGACUUUAUGCGUGGGUGUUAACAGCCACAACACCAGCCUUUAUCAAAUACACAGUUGACACUCAUCACAUUCCUGAAUUUUGUUUCUACUUGGGCAGAGCUUACAUAGCCCCAGCAUUAAAUCACUGAGCGUCAUUUUGCUCCAGACCAGCGUGACUUUCUGCACUGCCUCCUUCCGACCUCCUUACUUGACGACGCAGAACCGUCGCCAUGGUCAGUAUUCAGUCCAAAUGGCGCUACCUUUUCAUGUUCCUGGGCAUCCAGGUGGUGGUCAUGGCACUGCUGUCCCGAGAGGGAUACCAGAAGAGGGUCUCUUACUUCAUCCGCAUCUUCCGCAAGCCUGACACCACUAGUUUGUCUGGCCGCAACCACACAACAGCUGGCAUCCCUGGAGGGGAUGUAUAUGCCAACCUCUCCCACUUAUCCAAAGUUCAUAGCCACGGAGAUGAGAUGCCCUACUGCCCUAAGACGUCCCCUUUUAUAGGUGGGCCAAUCCAUGUCAGCUUUCCAUCAGGGCUCACUCUAGCAGAGGUUCAGAGGAAAAAUCCACUGGUGGUGCGUGGAGGACGCUACAGGCCGCCUGACUGUGAGGCGAGGCACCGAACAGCCAUCAUCAUUCCCCACAGACACAGAGAACACCACCUUAAGUUCCUACUAUACUACCUACAUCCCUUUCUGCAGCGACAACAGCUCCACUAUGGAAUUUACAUCAUUCACCAGGCCGGAAACUACACUUUUAACAGGGCAAAGCUGAUGAAUGUGGGUUUCCGGGAGGCUAUGAAGGAGGAAGACUGGGACUGUCUCUUCUUCCAUGAUGUGGACCUCAUUCCGGAGGAUGAUCGCAACACAUACGUCUGCGACUCCAACCCCAAGCAUGCAGCCAUCGCCAUGGACAAGUUUGGUUACAAGCUUCCGUACAAGAUGUACUUUGGAGGAGUGUCUGCUCUGACACCACUGCACUACCUCAAAAUGAAUGGCUUUCCCAACAACUACUGGGGCUGGGGUGGAGAGGACGACGAUAUUGGAGUCAGAGUGUCUCUGGCAGGGAUGUAUAUCACUCGUCCAUCACUGAAGGUUGGCCGUUAUAAGAUGAUUAAACACAAGCUGGAUAAAGGCAAUGAUGUGAACCCAAAGAGGUUCAACAUGCUGGCCAAGACACGUCAGACCUGGAAGUUGGAUGGGAUGAACACAGCUGAAUAUGAGACAAUCUCACGGCAAUACCUGCCCCUCUACACCAACAUCACUGUCAACAUCGGCACUGAGGCCGGUCUACAUCCACCUCCCCCAACACCACAUCCUCCUGCCAAAGCUACAGGCAAACCUGCAGUCAAAGCACCUGCCGAAGUGCCAGCCAAACCCCCAGCCAAUCUCAAAGAGGGCCGCUCACCAUAACGUUUCUUCAGUGGCCUGGGGUUUUUUGCUUUUUCUUCAGUUUGUGGAGGAAUUAGUUUGUGGCGAAUCAUCAUCAUACUACCUGCGGACAGUGGGGCACUCAUUUGGGUGAUAAAAAACUCCAGAUUUAUUAAAAAUAAAAACAAUAGACCUGAAUGCCUCAACCGUGAGGUGAUGGCUCUCCACCUUGGUUCUUCCAAGGGAGCUACAGUGAAGAGUGAAGUGUAAAAGUUGGACUCUAUGAGUUUGUAUAUCUACAGCGCUGUGGUCGCUGAUUAAACCUUGUGAUGCCUUAGAAUCUUGUUCUUCUUUUGUCUUUUCACUUGUACCUUACAUUAUUUAGAAUAUCGGGUUUAAUGAAGUGGUACCUGCAAUUUCCAGCAGUCACACUGUGCCACAACAGAGUCUGACUCAUUUUUGUCUCAACGCCAAUGAAUACGCAAGUGAAGGAGACAGUUGUUUCCAGUUGUGUGUGUGUGUGAAGCUUCUACAAGGAGUACUGAGAGAAGGAACUUGACUGAUUUGUGUAUUACUAUUACUACUAUUACUGUGCACAAAUCUUAUCUGUCCUCAAAUAUCUGGGGUUUUGUCUAGAAAGGCUUCCUACACGAGAUGCUGGUCUAUAUCUAUUUUGUUUGUGUAUCAAAAGCUAGACUAAAUUUUUCUAAUGCUUCCAAAGUUAUGGAAGCUGCACACAUAAUUUUGUCUCUUGCCAUGUUCAGUAGAAUUACCAGUCUGAAUGAGAAAUUUUAGUUCUGUACACCUAGGCCAAGAUACAACUCCUGUGUAGCGUUUAUCUUAGUCAGUGCAUUCAGUUCAGCCUUUCAGAUUUGCAGCAUAUCCAAUAUCUUCAGCAUCUUUUUUGUGUGUUUUUGUUUUUUUUGUUGCCUUUAUCAGGUGGAGCAGGUCUUGGUGACAGUGAUCAGUCCUCUGCCUUCAGAUGAGCUUGUGAUUCACAUCAAAAUGGAGUCUGUCGUGUGUGUGUAUAUAUAGAAUUAUUAUUUUUUUAAAUAUAUGUUGAUUUAUGUACAGUGUACUAUAUAACCCAUUAUGUAAAUGUAUACCCUCAAGAGUGCUGGCUUGUUCCUCAACACUUUAUGUGCAGUCAGUCUUUAUGUGCUUUUUUUUUUUGUAUCUUUUGCCCAUCUCCUGUUACAGUAGCCAAAUUUAUACAUGUCGACAAACAAGGUAGUUCGAUCACUUGAGCCCAAAACACAACAUGACAAAUCUGUGAUCGCUGUUGAUGGGUAAUGGAAGUUGUUUUGCUGUUGUCUCUAGAUAGUAUUAUUAUUUUGCAUAUUUUUACUUCAGUUAGGAUUAUAUUGUCCUUUUAUGUUUUGAGAAAAUUCUGUGACAUCUUGGACUGAUUUAAUAAUUUAAAAACCCACAAAGUAAUGUCUAAAUGCAUUGUUGUCAAGUUGACAUAUUAAUGAUGGGAGGUUCUCACCCAACGUUUAGUGAAAUUUAACUGAAAAUCAGGGAUAUGAUCCAGAUAUCUUUAGCAAUAUUUGCUUAAGUUAUAGGUUGGCUCGCCAAUAACUAAACAGGCUGUUUCUUUCUCUUUUCUCCUUUUUAUUCUUUCAAUCUUUUUAUUUCAAACACAUAAGAACAAUGUUAUCAUUUGGUGUAGUCUUCAAUAUUGACCCAGUUUCCCAGAGAUGUUACUCUGAAAGCCAGUUCUUUAACACAUCUGCUAUGUCCUCCCCACUAGUGCCUGUAUACUGCAUGUUGACCCUCCCCUCUUCAUUUCUCUCCACUCAGACAGAUUUGAUUGUUUACACGGAAAAAACAGUCCCUUUACCCAGUGAGUGUGGCUGUACUGGCAGGUGAACAGGCUGAAACCAAAGAUGACUGCAUGUGAUGAUUGAUAAAAAAGGUGUGUGUAUACAGUACUCCAUAUGUUGUCAAUUAUAUCUGUAACACUGUAUUAUUCUAUAUAUCUUAGUGGACGGGCCUAUCAUUUCUUCCUAUCAAUAUUUGUAGCCUCUUUCACUUCUGUGUUCAAAGAAUCUCAAACCAACAUAUAUUUAGUACAAACCAUAGGUGAAAAAAACUUUUUUAGUGAAGGGAUGAGGGAUUCUUAAAAACUGUACUGAAAACAUAUUUUUGUCUUCAUGUGAUUGUGGUAUUUGUCUGCUGAAGUGGGUGAGACAUGCUCUGAGAGUGGUUGCCUGUGAUUUUCAAAAAUAGAUGAUUAUAUACUGUUAUCAUUUUGAUGUGAAUUCAUAUUCAACUCCUAUGGCCUUAGCAACACACAAAAUACUAGUAUUUCAACACGUGGUCACUAAUAGCAACUUUAUAUCAAGAGUAAAUGUGCAUGGCAAGGAACCAAUUAGUAAGGGUAUGGGAAUGUACUGAGCACAACAUGGAGAUGAUACAUAUCAGUGCUCACCUUGAAAAUAUGAAGCAUGCAGAAGUGUCUAUGUUGUGAACUGGAAACUGUCUUAUUGUGACUUUAAAUGCACGUUUCCAUCUGCAUCAGGAUACAGUAGCAUUUCUGAGAAAAAUGAGCUUGUUAUAUUCCCAUAGUCACAAUGUACAUUCUCCGUCAUUUACUGUGAAACACUUGACCAGAUGUUUUGGGUUUUCUGUACGCUACUUUAUGUUCGAUUUGAUUUGACUCCGUUCUGAUGUGGAUUAGCUCAGCAACAAUAGAAAGCAGUCAUCACAAAGUAAUACUGAAGCAAGCAAGGGCAAUGUGACUUUGAGAGUUAUUUCGGCUCUCUUUAUGAAUUCUGCACAGUCCUGAGUGGCCUUAAAUUCAUUAAUAAACUGAUGAUUCAAAAGAAA